UUGAAAGCCAUCAAAAUAAUUUUUACAAGCAAAGCGAAUUCAUUCUUAUUUUUGAUUCGGAAUCUUAAAUACAUUUUUUAUUUAUUCCACACACGAAAUCCAUAAAGUUAAUUUAAGAGUAUUUUAUCUGAGUUUAAUAUUUUCUAAACUUGAAAUAUAGAGGAGAACUAAAAAUGUCUUUCGAUACAAUACCAAAGGAUUUACGAGGACUGCGCGCUUGCUUAGUGUGUUCACUCGUUAAAAGUUUCGACCAAUUCGAAUGUGAUGGAUGUGAUAAUUGUGACGAAUUUCUUCGCAUGAAGAACAACAAAGACAAUGUAUAUGAUCACACGAGCAACAACUUCGAUGGCAUUAUUGCACUGAUGAGUCCAGAAGAUUCUUGGGUAGCGAAAUGGCAACGAAUUGGUCGUUUCACCCGCGGUGUUUAUGCCAUAUCUGUAUCGGGUAAUCUUCCUCAAGCAACUCUGCGCGAAAUGAAAAGCCGUGGCAUACCCUACAGGUCAAGAGAUACAAGCCAACGUUAACUCCUAAUUUAUUCUACAAUAAAUUGUCGACUUUUUUAUAUUUAUUAUAUUAGCAUUUUAAUAAACAAAGCUUUGUGCAGAAUUCAGCAUAAAAAACAUA